AUGUACACUGACAAAGGAAAACAAAAGGUACAAAUACCAGAAAAAGUUGAAUUAGAUGAUUAUGACGAAGAUGACGCUGAUGAAUUCGAAGAGUUGGAAGAACUUGAAAGUUUUUCGACUGAUUGUGCUCUAUCUGAUGAAGAGAGUGCUGAAGAAAUAGAAAGGGAUGAAAAAAUCAUUAAAAUUGAAAGCCUGGCUAUAUGUUUGGCGGUAAUAGAAGAAAUUCCAACUGAAAAAAAG